CUGUGACUUCUCAUUACACUGAAGGCCUUUUGCCAGAGAAGAGUAUAGAAGACUCCCUUUCAAAGGUGCCAAUGGGAAAAUAUGUGAUCCAUACUGGAGAGAAACCCUACAAAUGUGAAGAAUGUGGCAAAACCUUUCACUUUCAUUCACGCCUUACUCGACAUACUGUGAUCCAUACUGGAGAGAAACCCUACAAAUGUGAAGAAUGUGGCAAAGCCUUUCCCUCUCGUUCAAAUCUUACUCAACAUACAGUGAUCCAUACUGGAGAGAAACGCUACAAAUGUGAAGAAUGUGGCAAAACCUUUCCCUCUCGUUCAUAUCUCACUCAACACACAGUGAUCCAUACUGGAGAGAAACGCUACAAAUGUGCAGAAUGUGGCAAAGCCUUUCACUCUCAUUCACAUCUUACUCGACAUAUAGUGAUACACACUGGAGUGAAACGCUACAAAUGUGAAGAAUGUGGCAAAGCUUUUCCCACUCGUUCAAAUCUUACUCAACAUACACUAAUCCAUACUGGAAAGAAACCCUGCAAAUGUGAGGAGUGUGGAAAAACCUUUCACUUUCGUUCACUCCUUACUCGACAUACAAUGAUCCAUACUGGAGAGAAACCCUACAAAUGUGAAGAAUGUGGCAAAGCCUUUCACUCUCAUUCAAAUCUUACUCAACAUACAGUGAUCCAUACUGGAAAAAACCCUACAAAUGUGAAGAAUGUGGCAAAGCCUUUCCCUCUCGUUCACAUCUUACUCAACAUACAGUGA